AUGGUUUCUAGCUUCUCGCUCUCCUCGAUCCUUCUUCUGGCGCAAGCCGCCUUUGCAUACAAUUUCCAAUACGAAAGUAUACAGUUGGAAGGAUCGGACGUGGCGGACAACCCCGAUCUUGCUUUCGGCGAAGCAAUAGGAGGCAGUAUACCCUCCUGCAAAAACUACCCAGGCUACGGCGGUUGGCCGUCAUCAACACAGUGGAGUACCCUCAAUGUCAGUCUCGGCGGCACAUUGCUCAAGGGUAUCCCUCCAGCCGCAGCUUGCUACCAAGGCGAAUACAAAAAUGCGACAAAGUGUGCAAAUGUCAAGCGACGACAAUCUGAUGCUCUCUUCUUCAAAGAAGACCCACUGAUACCAUUCCUGUCAUGGACGCUCGAUAACCCAUGUCCUGUUCCUGCGUCCAGCGCUGCGCCUCCUCAGUCCGAGUGCAAGUUGUUGAGCUUCCCUGCAUACGUAGUCAAUGUCACCACGACCAAGGAUGUACAAAUGGCUGUGAACUUUGCGCGCAAUAACAACAUUCGGUUGACGAUCAAAAAUACUGGCCAUGACUUCCUCGGCCGGAAUACCGGUGGCGGCGCACUUCAAGUCUGGAUGCACCGCAUGAAAGCAUUCGAGUACUUGCCCACCUACAAAGUCGGUCAGUACAGUGGCCAAGCAGCCCGAGUUGGUGCAGCACUGGAACAACACGAGGUAUUCAGCUACAUGGGAGAAGCUGGUAUUACACUGCUAGCUCCCGGAUCUUCGACGAUUGGGGCGUAUGGUGGUUACAUGCAAGGUGGAGGAUUCUCGUAUAUCACCUCAAAGUAUGGUUUGAUGGCUGACCAGGUCCUUGCUUUGGAGAUUGUCACAGCAGAUGGCAGGUUCGUACAUGCGGAUCCGACGGAAAACUCGGACCUGUUCUUCGCUAUCCGGGGUGGUGGACCUGGUAACUUCGGUAUCGUGACAUCUGCGAUUGUCAAGGCGUAUCCACCCACAACAAUUGCACGAAGCGACUUCACCUUCCAGACUGGCCCCGUUUCUGGCAACGACAAAACCACUGUUCGCGUGUCCAAAGAAGUCUUUUGGAAGGGCAUGGGAAUUUACUUCUCGCAUAACCUGCGUAUCAAUGACGCUAAAGGCGGCGCCUUCACACUCUCUAGUCAAAUUACGAAGCCAGGCGUCAAAGUGAAAGAGAUGAGAGAUCUUAUGGCGCCGCUGAUCCAGGAUCUCAAUGACAUCGGCAUCCCUCUGGCUAACCCCGAACCAGAAUUCUGGGGUACGUAUGCUGAUUUCGGCUCCGCGCCGCCGAGUGGUGGGAUACAGAACAGCCGCCUCGUAUCUCGCCUUGUCCCCCGCUCUAACUUCGAAGACUCAACAUCCCAAUUGUUCAAUGCUACCAUGAAAGCGAUCCGCUCAUACGUGGAAGAAGGCGGAUACAGCUUUCAUUCCGUCGAUUAUGCACCAACGCUUGAAACAGCCGGAUAUCCUGGCUCUAGCUCCGCCGUAUCGUCGCACUUGCGCAACGCGGUCAUGCACAUGACAGGCUGGGAUACCAGACAAUAUGGCGCUGAUCUUCCAGAUGAAAUCGCGAAGUCGUCGCAUGCUCGUCUCAACUCGUAUGUACAGAAGUUGAGAGAUGUGACGCCGCUUAGUGGUGCGUACAUGAACGAGGCGGAUGUGGCGGAGCCAAACUUCCAGGAUAGUAUGUACGGCGACAAAUACGAUAACUUGCUUAGUGUCAAAAAGGAAAGAGAUCCUUGGGGUUUAUUCUACGCCGCUACGGCUGUGGGUAGCGAGGACUGGGUUGUCCAAGGGACGAGAGGACUGCCUACACAACAGGGAAGACUCUGUAAAGUUGACGCGUAG